CCGUUGUCCGGAGGAAAAUGGCAAAACGUCGGGUCCGUCUUCUUCUUCUUCCCACCAAAUUCCGUUCUAUCCGGCAAUGCAAAUUCCUCUGUUCCCUCCCUUCCGCCCGGCCUCUCCACAAUGAAACUGCCGCCGUCGCGGCCCCUGCUGCGAAUGAAGCUGCCCACGCAACCGACGAAAAUCUCCAGCAACACCUUCGAAAGCUUCGAAUAUUACUGCAACAGAAUCGCACCGAAACUGCGAAGAGACUCCUCAGCACUCUCAUUCGCUCCAAUUCAGCUUCUCAACUCUACACCCUCUAUUCCCUAUCCUCGCCUCCUCCUACAAAACCCAUCUUUUCUAGCUUUCUUUUAUCGUUUUAUGCCGAGUUAAAGCUCCCCGACGAGGCCACUGAGGUCUAUGAUUUUAUCAAAAGAGACGGCAACUUUCCUUCUCUUUACGCUUUUAACCUGUUUCUUGAAUCAUUGGUUAGUUCUAGGCAGUAUAAUAAGACCCUGGAAGUGUUUUUAGAUGCUGUAAAUUCCGGUAUUCGAGUUGAUAAGUUUAGCUGUGGUAAGGCCAUACAAUCGGCUGUGAAGUUGGGGGAUUUGGAGGGAGCUGUGGAGCAAAUGCGGCGCAUGAGAAAAUGUGGAAUAAAGCCUAAUGGGUUUGUUUAUAAUGUUGUGAUCGGGGGUUUGAGUAAAGAAGGGAGAGUGGCGGAUGCGCGGACACUGUUUGACGAAAUGGUUGAUAGAAGAGUGUUGCCGAAUAGGGUGACUUACAAUACUCUCAUUGAUGGAUAUUGUAAAGCAGGGGACUUGGAGGAGGCGUUUAAUGUGAGGGAGAGGAUGAAAAAUGAUAACGUGGAGGCUAAUGUUGUCACAUAUAAUACGUUGCUUGGUGGGCUUUGUAGGGCGGCAAGGAUGGAGGAGGCAGGAAGAGUAUUAGAGGAAAUGAAGGUUCAUGGGUUUGUUCCAGAUGCAUUCACGUAUAGCAUACUGUUUGAUGGGCAUUUGAGGUCUGGAAAUGCAGAUGCUUCAUUGGCUUUGUAUGAAGAUGCUGAUCGUAGAGGGGUGCAGUUGAAUGAGUGUGCUUAUGGCGUUUUGGUUAAUGGAUUGUGUAAGGAAGGGAAAAUGGAUAAGGCCGAGGAAUUAAUGAAGCAUUUGAUGGAAAAUGGGGUUGUUCCCACGAAGGUAAUGUUUAAUGCUAUGGUUGAUGGGUACUGCAGAGAAGGCAACAAAGAAAAGGUGCUUUUAACAAUUGGAGAAAUGGAAAAUUUUGGGUUGAGGCCUGAUUGCAUCACAUUUAAUACAGUGAUCAACAUGUUUUGCAGAGCAUCCGAGAUAGAUAAUGCAAAUGAAUGGAUUAAGAAGAUGACUGAGAAGGGAAUUAGCCCCAAUCUAGAGACAUAUAACACCCUGAUUCAGGGCUAUGGGCGAAAUUGUCAGUUUGAGAGGUGUUUUCAGAUUCUUGAGGAAAUGAAAGACAAUCAAAUAAAUCCCAACGUUGUUACUUGUGGUUCUUUAGUAAACUCCUUAUGCAAGGAUGGUAGGCAUCUGGAAGCUGAAGUGAUACUCAGGGAUAUGAUAUGUAGAGGGGUUCUGCCAAAUGCUCAAAUUUACAAUGUACUCAUAGAUGAGCAUUGUAGAAGAGGAAACAUAAAAGAUGCAUUUAGUUUACUCGAUGAAAUGUUGAAAAGUGAACUCCCUCCAACUCUAGUGACAUACAACACACUCAUUAGCGGGCUCUGCAAAAGAGGGAGGGUUACAGAAGCUGAAGAGUUGGCUUUGAAAAUCAUAAGCAUCGGUCUGCAUCCUGAUGUCAUCACAUAUAAUUCCUUAAUAUCAGGAUAUUCCAAGGCAGGGAACACCUGGAAGUGUUUUGAGUUAUAUGAAAAGAUGAAAGCAUCAGGUGUUAAACCUACCUUGAGCACAUAUCAUCCUCUAAUUGCACAAUGUAAAGCAGAAAAACAGGGACAGAUGCUACUGGAGAAAAUUGUUCAAGAAAUGUCUGACAUAAACCUGAUUCCUGAUCGAGUCCUAUACAAUGAGCUUCUUCAUUGUUAUGUAAAUCAUGGAAAAGUCCAAAAAGCAUUUUCUCUGCAGAGUGAAAUGGUAGAAAGAGGGAUUCCUCCUGAUAGGAUGACCUUCAAUGUCUUGAUAUUGGGUAGUUUCAAGGAGUGCGAGGUUGAAAAGGCCAAGGAUCUUUUUGAUGGCAUGAGGGCUGGAGGAUUGAUUCCUAAUGCUGAUACAUAUAACACACUCAUUGCAGGACACUGCAAACUAAAGGAUUUUGUUGGAGCAUAUAUCUGGUACAGGGCAAUGCUUGAAUGUGGUCUUUACCCAACUAACACUGUUUGUAUUGAGCUUCUCGCAGGCCUCAGAGAGGAAGGAAAAUUGGAAGAGAUCCGGAUAAUUUGCUCUGAGAUGAGUGUUAAAGGAUUGAAUGAGUGGAGCAUGAGUGAGGACUUUCCUGCUGCUACUGAAGUGUAAUAUAGGAAUGCUCUGCGCCGCUCCAUCUUUUUGAAUCAAGUAUUAGAGAAGGAACCAAUUAUGCAGAUCGUCAUGAUUGUGAUGCUCUCAUCUACAAGUUCUCAAGGAGGAUGCUGAACUCACUCCUUGGAGGCUGAGCUGGAGAAUAUACUGGACUAAUCAAUUUGUGGCAACAUAGCAAAUGGACACUGUACUUGGUUGGCUUUCUACUUAAUAUCCAGCCAGAGAAGUCUUACUCAACACAGGAACUUUGCCAUCUUCUAGGAACUGUAAUUGUGAAGAAGGCACGGGUGCAAUCUAUAUUGGGUGGGUCCUACUGUCAUAGUCAUUUUCCCAUUUACUAGCAGGGUCAAGCUCUAUUACUACAUGUUUGAGAGACCUCAUAUGUAGGUGAUAUGCUCUAGCAAGGCAUCCCCAAAAUAUGCGAGUGAGAAUUAGUUCACUGUGAGGAUUUGGAGCUUUUCAGGGUGGUUUUUUUUUCCAAUUGGAUGAAGGUAUAUUUGCCUUCUGUAAUUUGCAAAAGUUUGAAGGGAUUUUUUUAAUUGCUGGGAAGGAGCACAUUCAGCUUGCUUGCAAUUUACGAUGACUAAUAUGUAAGGAUAGAACAAAGCAGAGUUCAGUGAAUCCAGAUUAGAUAUUGACAAGGUUGCACAUAAAGCCACUCAGGAACAGUGAGAAUACAACACGAGGAGUUGAGCGUAGUGGAAAUGGAACAUAUUGAGGUUUGCAUCAAGAUGAACUCUGCUGCAACAAUCUGUCCAAUUAAGAACAAGUUAGGAUAUGGGACAAUUGCAAGUAACUGGCCUGGGGAGAUUGUAGCAAGCUGGGCAACAUCAGAAGCAAGUGAAGGCAGCAAGGAUGCUGCAGAAGCUGAAGCUAGCAAAUAUGAUUAACCAAAGCCAUUAGUUUACAAUUACUAAUCUGAUGCUAAAGCUGCAAAUAUAGCCAAAGAUAUAUUGGUCUUGAGCCCUCUGUUUUGUAUGUGGUUCUUUUCUCAGAUUAACUUGCAAGGAAAUGAUACUGGUAGCAAAUUGGCAAAAUUUGCCAUUGGAGGGAUAGAAAACAUUACCGUGUCUUUGUAAAGUAGCACAGUGUGGAACUUGGAAGUGGGUAGUACCCAUUAUAUUGUGAA